AUGGCCGGGACCAUCGAGGCAGUAGACCAGUAUCUGAAUCUCAAGCUCAGCAAUGUUCAAGUGACUCCCGGAGUAAGUGCUCAUUACCCGUCUCGAUACGCUUGCUUCAUUCGUGGAUCGGUAAUUCGGUACAUUAAUUUGAGUCAAGCUCAACUGGAUUUGGCACAGCUCCAAAGUGCCUGUCGCAAAAUGGAGUUGACUGGGUAA